CACAGAUUGUAACAAUGCUUCGCCAACAAGCUGUUCUGCCCCAGCGGGCUGCGCAAGUCCACCGAGUUCGGGCGGCGUUGCCCGUCCGGCCCCGGUCGGCGAUCGUCGUUCGGGCCGAGGGCAAUGGGCGCAACAGCGACAGCUUUCUGGCUGGAGUUGUUGUUGGCGGUGUAGUGUUUGGCGCACUUGGGUUCCUAUUUGCUCCGCAGAUUUCUAAGGCUAUCCUUGGGGAUGACCAACGGCUAAAGUUGCCACGUUUCCUGGAGGAUGAGCAGCCCAAGGACCCGGAGCAAACGAAGCAGGACCUCAUUGAGAAGAUUGCCCAACUGAACGCGUCUAUCGAUGAGGUUGCAGCCCAGCUCAAAGAGUACUGGGAGAAGAAAGCCCCCCACGAGCGCACCGCGUCCAUGUUACCCCGAAGCCAAUUAGGACCGGACGGCCCAUUUGAUGGGACGACAUCGUACGGCACCAAUUUCCAGGCGCCAGCGGGAGCCGGCCCCGCUCAAUCCUUCAAACCUCCCGCGGGCGAGAAGGAGAACCUGCCGUUUAGCCCCUGGACCACUUACAAGGUCGAUUACCCCGCCAAGGAUGUGCCGUACAACCGUGUACGACCGGCCAACAAGCUCCAGCCCGCAGCCGGACCUUUCCAGGACUCUACGACCAUGAAGGAGUCCUUCCCCGGUUGGGCGGGUGCAAAACCCUCCACGCCGGCCGCCGGGCGCUCCGUGUCCGUACCGCGUGCCGUGGGGCCCUUUGACGGCGUCAGCGCCUACAAGGUCGCCAUCCUCUUUAAGGCGGGAAAGCGGGAGGGGGAUGAUUACCGCCGUUGGCCGGGUGCUCGUCCACAACCUGCCGUACCGCUGCUGGGCCAACGAGCGGCCCUCCCCGGGGGCGCCUUUAACGACGCGACCACUCACCGCUCGGUCUACACACCUAAGCAGGUCUCGCCACCGGAGCGUGUACGGCACUCGGACGAGACGAUGCGGCCGGAUGGUUGGUACGACGGCGUGCCGUCAACGGAGUACCGGCGGCAUUACGUGGAGAAGGCCGGGGACCCCCCGCCGCGGGCCGCGGCCACCACGGGUGCAUCGGGCGCAGCGUUGCCCAAGGGGCCGUUUUCGGGGUCGACGACGUACGGCACGGAGUUUCGGCCGCGUACGGCACCGGAGUACGAACGUGCGGGGCGGCCGGCUGACGACCCGCGGGACUCGGGGCCGUUUGAGGGCGUCAGCACGUACAAGGACACGUACGUCAAGAAGGACGUGCCAUACCAACGUAUCCGUCCCUCCGCCAAGCUCCAGCCCGCCGCCGGCCCCUUCCAGGACACCACCGAAAUGAAGACCAGCUUCCAAAACUGGGGCACGCAACCCGUCACGAAGGCAGGCCCCAGCGCAUCUGGAAACCUGGCUUCCGUGGGACCUUUUGACGGUACGACAACGUACCGUACGGAUUUCCACAAGAUGAAUGGCGGCUUGCGGGCGAUGGCGGGUCGGCCCACGAGUGGCACUCGAGCGCUCCGAGGCAAAGGGCCCUUCGAGGGCGUCAGCAUGUAUACGACAGAUUACAUACCGAAGCCGUACCAGCCCGUGGAGAGCUAUAAACCUUGUGAAUGUGACGGCGACCCGGACUGCGAGCUGGCCAUGCACGGCGUGGGAUCGCACUGA